ACUAAUAUACAAACACGGUCUUCCUCUUCCACUCAUCUGCAAAUCCAAAAAAAGAAUAUCAGAGUGGGUAGCUGCCAAAAAAUCCAAAUCUCUCUCUUCCCAGUUUUUUUGAGAUCCGAGAAGAUGUCUACGUUCAGCGGAGAUGAGACUGCUCCUUUCUUUGGCUUCCUCGGCGCUGCCGCCGCCCUCGUCUUCUCCUGUAUGGGAGCUGCCUAUGGAACUGCAAAGAGUGGUGUUGGUGUGGCUUCCAUGGGAGUUAUGAGACCUGAGUUGGUGAUGAAGUCCAUUGUCCCUGUGGUUAUGGCUGGUGUGUUGGGUAUCUAUGGACUCAUCAUCGCUGUUAUCAUCAGUACCGGUAUCAACCCAAAGGCUAAGUCUUACUACCUCUUUGAUGGAUACGCCCACCUCUCCUCCGGUCUUGCUUGUGGUCUUGCUGGUCUCUCAGCUGGAAUGGCCAUCGGGAUCGUCGGAGAUGCUGGAGUCAGGGCAAAUGCGCAGCAGCCUAAGCUUUUCGUGGGCAUGAUUCUUAUCCUCAUCUUCGCGGAGGCGCUUGCUCUCUAUGGUCUCAUUGUAGGCAUCAUCUUAUCCUCUCGAGCUGGUCAGUCCAGAGCAGAAUGAGAAACAAAACAAAUGUCAGAUGAUGAUUUUUUUUUUUUUUUUUUUGUGGAACCUUGUGUGGGGCUGCCAUAUAUUCUGCUUCGUUUUGGUGGGUGCUUGAGUUUAGGAUGUUUUUUUUUUGUCUGGGUCGGUAAUAAAAGAGAAGUUGACAUUUUCUGUAUUCUUGUAUUUUUCUUGAGGAACUUGAUGAUAUUUUGUUUGUAAAGAAGUUUUGCUUCUGAAACCAUGUUUGAGUGUUUUAUGAUACUCAUCUUUUGUGUC